AUGUGGCAUGGUGGCAUUUCUCUAUGUGGCAUAUCGUAGGUAUGUGCUUGUUGUCGCAGUAACCGGCUUUGGUUAAGUUUGGUGGCCGGUAGGAAUGUGGAGAAGACGCGUUUCACUGAAAUGACCGAUUUGGAGUAAAGCGGCUGGAGACUGCGGAUAUAAACAUAGCAGCCACACGUGAUGGCGCGGCAAAGAAAGCUGGAGUCUACGCGGCCUACGUCUGGGCGUCCAACGACAAAACCACCAGUUGUUCACGUACGAAAGGCUAGCCCAGAACGGAGGUUCGAUUCCAAGUUCACAAUCUUUGUGGCCUUUAAUGGUUGCCUUAUAGUUUCUGUUGUACUUUAUGUGUACUUCCUGCAUUACUUGGAAUCGUGGGUCAUCCGACCAGUGGACCUGCCGGAAGUGACCGUCAAGUCCGCGCUCGACAUUCCAGAGCGGUUUUGGGGGAGCUACAGAAGUUCAUUGUACUUUGGCCUAAAGACUCGUAGCCCCCAGCCGUUGGCGGCUGGACUUAUGUGGUUUUCCCACAAGCUAAAGAACCAAAACUUACCCAUCAGGCAUUGGUGCAAUCAGUGGGACAGACUUCAUAAGUAUGGAUGGACAAGACAUGAUGGGGUCAACUUUGGCAUGCAGCAGAUAGUCGACGAGGAAUUUGUGAUUGAGACAUCUUUCGUCAAGAGAGCAGGGGGCCUUAAUGGUGGAGAUUGGACAGCACGGAUUUCUGUAAAGCCGAAGGUACCAGGUGCCAUUCCUACAGCUCCACUGUCUCUACUGUUUUACUUUGCUACCGAUGGCCAUGGACAUCUCUGGCCAAACGUUGAUGCCAAGUCUCACCUUGCAUACAUUCAGGGAGAAACUUCGGAGUUAGGGCAGUUUACAGCUGCGUUUCAUGAUAGGAACCCAGAAAAUGUGGUGCACUAUAGUUAUCUGAGUACAGUGGCACCUGGGCUUGAAAGCCUGAAAGAAACUGUUCUCCACAAUUUGAUGAUUCACCGACGUAAGAAGGGAGCAAGGGAUCUUUAUGUCACUCGUGGUACUGUCCUUUCUGCAGAGGAUAGAGAACGUAAAAAGUCUCCAAACUUUGUUCUUACCCAGGUGACUGUAAUGCCUCCAUACGAACUAGAAGUAAUCUUUGAGUCUGGGAGUUUUGAGGAUCGGCCAAACAGACUUAGCGGGAAGAUUUAUGAGCAAUCUUUGGCCGAGUAUAGCGCCAAGUUUGAUGAACGGUUUCACAAGCUAUUUAAUCUGCAGAGCAAAGGUUUUAGUGAGGAAGAUAACGAAGCUGCCAAAGAAGUUUUGAGCAAUUUGGUGGGAGGUAUUGGCUAUUUUUAUGGCUCUUCGUUGGUUCAGUCUUCUCAUAACAAGGAACCUGUGGAAUACUGGAAAGCUCCUCUUUAUACAGCAGUACCAUCUCGAUCUUUCUUUCCUAGAGGAUUCCUCUGGGAUGAAGGGUUCCAUAAUCUUUUGCUGAUGCGAUGGGAUCCAGAGAUCUCCAAAGACAUACUUGGCCACUGGCUUGACCUUAUGAACGUAGAUGGCUGGAUACCACGUGAACAAAUUCUUGGUGCUGAAGCACGUGCCCAAGUUCCAGCUGAAUUUGUUGUGCAGAGAGACACAAAUGCAAAUCCACCAGCCUUGUUGCUUACCCUUGAAGCCCUUCUGAGACAGCCUGAUGUUCUGGCUGCACAUGGUGAUUUCCUUCAGCGAGCUUUUCCACGUUUUCUAAAGCUUUUCCAGUGGCUAAAUAGCACACAAGUGGGUAAAAUGCCUGGCUCCUAUCGAUGGCGAGGCAGGGAUGCCAGCAGCCGCACAGAGCUAAACCCAAAGACCUUGACAUCAGGACUGGAUGAUUAUCCAAGAGCAUCACACCCAUCUGAAGAUGAGCGUCAUGUGGACCUUUACUCCUGGCUAGCUUUUUCAUCUGGGGUAUUGGCUGAGGCAGCACACCUCCUGAAUCAUCCCAGCAGCGACAGCUUAACAUCCACACACCACAUGUUGAGUAACACAGCGUUGCUGGACAAACUGCACUUGUCUUCAAAAACAAAGCGAUAUUGUGACUAUGGCCUCCACACAGACAAAGUGCGCCUGGUGGAGCAGAGACCACCACCAGGCCAGGCACCAGGAGCACCGCCACUGCCCAAGGUUCGACUGACUAUGGAAGCACCGCAAAUGCAGUUUGUGGAACAUUUUGGCUAUGUUAGCUUGUUUCCCUUGCUCCUGCGUUUGCUCACUCCCGACCACCCUGCACUGGGAAAGCUGCUGACAGACCUUCGAAAUCCAGCUCUGUUGUGGACCAACUACGGCUUGAGAUCACUUUCCAAGGACUCGCCCAUGUACCUUCAGAAGAACACAGAGACAGACCCACCAUACUGGAGAGGUCCUGUUUGGAUAAAUAUUAACUACUUAGCAGUAAAAGCACUGCAUCACUACAGCGACCUUCCAGGGCCGUUUCAGGAGAAAGCUUUCCACCUGUACAAGGAGCUCAGAAACAACAUCAUCAGCAAUAUUCUAAAAGAGUAUCGUCAGUCCAGCUACAUAUGGGAGAACUAUGAUGACAUUACAGGCAAAGGUCGUGGAUCGCAUCCCUUUACAGGCUGGUCAGCCCUUGUGGUGCUACUCAUGGGGGAGGUAUAUUAGCAUUAUGCUUUUGCAUUAUGUGUAGGGUGUGGGAGAGAAGUCAUUCUACUUUAUUUUUUAUUAAAGCUUAAAUGCUUUGUUUUUAUUGUGUUCAUGCCUGUUGCUGCAGAAAUGAGCACAGAGGUGCCAAAGAAUAUGUACGUAGCUAAUUUGAUAAAACUAAAUAAAAAGGAC